CUGUCAGUUUCGUCGCGAUCAUUACUACGUUAAGUAGUGUCCGUCUUUUAAGUUAUUUUAAUUAAAAUAAUCAUCGAUUGAAUGCGUGCUAUGUAAAGUGAAUUACUAUUUCAAGAAUAAGUGCCGUUUACGUGUUACCGUAGCGUUUUGCUGUGGAGAUCCAAUUCUCAUUUCAAGUUGUGCACAUCGUAAAUUGAUUCCUAUCAAUUCUGUACAGAAAUAGACAUCACAUGCUCACAGUAUAAUCCCACUAAAGUUUUCAUGAUCGAACUUGCAAAUCUUCGUUCUUGUAUCGUGGAAUCGGAGUGAACUGAAGAAUUUUAUGACCUCUGUGGUCAUGUCGUUCAGUGGUGCUUAGUGAUAACAAGUAAUUUAACGUAUUGACCGAGGACACCUCAACAGAUAAUCUUUUAUCUGACUAUUAAAUAAUGAACGGUCGGGAGCGCGCGCUUUGCCGGCCACUUCGCAAGUGCGUCCACGCUAGUUCGGAGACGGACGCUCGUCGAGAGCUCACAGUUCUUCUUUGACAUCAAACACAUUUCGGACUGGACUUCAAAUACCUUCCGAACUAACCAUAUCAAGUGUCAAACAUAAGUGAACUUCGCUAUUAUCAUAGUUCAGUGCUCCAAAAUUAUCGUGUUUUGAACUAGUGUCAGAUAGACAAAAUGUGGAAACUCAACAAUCAAAUGAUAAUUCAGUGAGAAAUGUGGUUGUAUACAUUGAAAUUACCGGGAUUUGGCAGCAACAAGAACGUGUUGUACGAAGAGAGUGCCAAAAUGGCAACACUCGAGCAUGAGGUCACGGCGGUGGUGUGGUGUCCGCAUGGAAGCCCGGCGGACUGCUAAUCAGGCGCUGCACAGGUUGCGUGCGCAGUUCCGUCGCGCCCUGCCGGAAUGGACCGCGCGCGCGUGUCGCCGCCGCCGGACUGCGCGAACCAUCGGCCGCUCGAAGGAGGACCCCGCGAAACCGUCAAUACCGCAGCCUCGCCCGCGGAGGCCCUAAGCGAGCCACAGAGUCCGCGGCCCGCGCCGCGCGCGCUAGCCUCCAUCCCCGAGAGCGAGCCGCUGCUCGCCGCGCCGCUCAGCGUCGCCGCCCUCGCCGACAAUGCGGCCCGCAAACACAACGGCCGGCCGCUGCACGUGCAGUUCGACGCGCAGUCGCCGCCCGCGCCCGCCUCGCUGUCGGCCAGCAGCUCGGCGUCCAGCUCGUCCGACGAUGAGGACGUGUCCAUCGCCGAGGCCCGCCCGCCCGACGGCGGCUGGGGCUGGGUCGUCGUGUUCGCCUCCUUCAUGGUCAACCUCAUCGCCGACGGCAUCACCUUCAGCUUCGGAGUGUUCUUCCCGCACUUCCUCGAGUACUUCGGCGAGAGCAAGGGCAAGACGGCCUGGAUCGCUGGCAUCUUCAUGGCCAUGCCGCUGUUGUCGGGGCCCAUCGCCAGCUUCCUUACUGAUAGAUACGGCUGUCGGCGCAUGACGAUAUUCGGCUCCAUCCUAGCUGCCAUAGGAUUCGUCAUAUCCGCCUUCGUAGAUAAUAUGGAGACAUUAUUUUUAACUUUCGGCAUAAUGGCCGGAUUCGGAUUAAGUCUGUGUUACGUGGCGGCAGUAGUGAUAGUCGCAUAUUACUUUGAGAAGAAACGUUCUUUAGCCACCGGAAUUUCGGUCUGCGGCAGCGGCAUCGGAACCUUCGUGUUCGCGCCCCUGACCUAUGUAUUAUUAGAUGAAUAUGGGUGGCGCGGAACCACACUAAUAUUAGCUGGUUUAUUUCUAAAUAUGGCAGUGUGUGGACUUCUAUUCAGAGACUUACCGUGGACGACCACGAUGAAUGAAGAAAGGGCUAAGGAGAGGAAAAGGAAACGUGAAAGGAAACGGCUUAAACGUUAUCAAGCUUCGUCAGCUGAUAGCUUUUCGGACAGUAAAAGCAGUGCUGCGGGCUCUCAGAAGGUUAACGAGACCGCCGAUAUAGAAACAGUCACAUCACCAAUAGUUCCACAGUUCAGUUCUUUAGUGGACUUGCCAACAUUCAUGACGGGUGGGGAAGGAGUGUCACUGGAGGUGUUCGAGUUGAUGUCGAACAGGGGCCGUGCGUACGCCAUCCUUGCGCAGAACUACCCGGGGGUGAUGCUGCCUUCUAGAAGCUUCAGCGACAGUGGGCGACUGCAUGAGCAGUCCCCGCCGCGAGCACUGAUGUCCCCCACAGAGCGGCCCGGCGGCGCGGGGGAGAGCGGGACAACUCGCCCGGCGCCGCAGGGCACGGCGCCCAUCAACGACAAAGCAGCGCUGUCGCUGUGGCUGCGGCGGCAGGCCACCGGCUCCACUAAGAAGCCGCCGGCCUUCCUGAAGGACCUGCGUGUGCACAGACACUCGCUCACGUACAGAGGCGCUAUGCUCAACAUCAACCGCUACCGGCUGCGAGCGUCUUCCUGUCCUAACAUCUUCAGGAACUCUAUGACUACCAUUGCUAAAGAAAAGGUCCAGUGGUACGCCGGUCUAUGGGACUUCUGGGACUUGGCAGUGGAUGUCCUCGAUUUCUCCCACUUCUCGAACCCAGCGUUCCUGAUAUUCGCGAUCUCGAACUUUCUGCUGUACAUGUGGUAUGACGUGCCGUACGUGUAUAUUGCUGACAAUGGCAUGACCAUGGGCUUCAAUGAGUCCCAGUCGUCCAUGCUGAUUUCCAUCAUUGGGAUACUCAAUAUGUUUGGAGAGAUCCUGCUGGGCUGGGUGGGCGACUUCCAGUGCGUGAACGCGAGCAUCGUGUACGCGGGCUGCAUGGUGGUGUGCGGGCUGGUGACGCUGCUGAUGCCGCUGCUGCGCUCCUACGCCGCGCUGGGCGCCGCGUCGGGGGCCUUCGGCGCCGCCAUCGCCGCCAACUACUCGCUCACCAGCAUCAUCCUCGUCGAGCAGAUCACGCUCGAGAAGUUCACCAAUGCGUAUGGGCUGCUGCUGCUUAUACAAGGCGUUGCUAAUCUGAUUGGACCGCCGUUGGCUGGCUGGGUGUACGAUGUGACCGGUUCAUACGACCUAUCAUUCUACCUGGCUGGUGUGUUCAUCGGAGUAUCCGGACUGGUCCUAUUCGUCACGCCGCUUAUACGCUGCGUUAAGUACUGCGCUAAGAAACCGACUGCCGAAGAAACUAAGCCCAAUGGGGAUAUCAAGGUUAAUGGCAAGCUCAUGGUGUAAGGAAUAUCAGAGAGGAGAGGAUAUGAGAAAAUUAGUAACAAGUGCUAAGUUUACCCAUAUUAUGUUGUGUGAAGAAAAUAUGGUGAAGUAGAAUGGUCUUGGUAUGUACUUGAAGAGGAAAAUCAGGAUUGGAAUAAAAUGGUAAUUUGAAAAGGGAAUGCUUUUUGACAAGUGCAUAAAUGCAAAUCAAUUUUGUUGAAUCAUUAUAGUGAAAUGAUAAAGCAGUAUUUUAGACUUUGCCCUGAAUAAAGCUUUGGCUUUCAGGGCUUUACACUAUAUACCGUGUAAAUUAGAAAAGAAUAUCUAAAAAACAUGCAUCUAAAAAUCAAAAGAUUUUCCAAAUACAUGUGGUGUAUUGGAGAAUAAAUUUUCAGUUUUAUAUUAUUCUAAUUUUUCACAUUAAGAUUUUUUAAUUUUAGCAGAGGAUGUCAGAAAUCAUGGAAAUUUUAACUAACCAGUGCUAGUUAGUCUCAAAAUGCAUACUAAAAAAAACAAAAUAAAUAUGUAUGAAUAUUAUAAUAUAACUUUUCUUAUGCCUGUGUGGUAGAAUGCAUGAACGAAACGUGUCAGAGUGAUGUUAUCCUAGACAUAAGACCUAAGUCUCCGCUCAAUGAAAACUUCCUUAAAAUAUAGCGACAUAAGUAUUUCUAGUGCUGUAUACACCCUAGUGUCGAUAUCGAUAUUUUAAAUAAAUGACGAAUCAAACUGAAUAAGUCAAAGUGCAGUUUUACCACCUAUAAGAUAGACAAUUAGGCAUUAUCUACCAUUUGAAUACAUAAUUUUAAGAUCACUUUUAUGUAAUUAAUCUGGCUGAUAAGAAUUGAUGGUGAAUCAGUAAUAUAGCAAUUCUGACGUUUAAUGAAUGUUAUUUAUAAGGAGAAGAGUAACUUACAGUUACGAGGAAAAAAUAUAUGAAUCGAAUUUGUAAUGUAUAAAUGUAGUGCAAGUAGAAAUUCGGUACUAAGGUAUCAGGAAAAUUGGGAGUUAAUAAAAAGAUAUAUAACUUAAGAUUGCCGUAGAACAAAGUAUUUUGGCUUUGAGAAAUUAAAUUGGGUGUGGAAAUCACAAAUGAUAGUACAUGAAGAGUAUAACAAAGUGAGUUUUAGAAUGACUAAUAAGCAAUUUUCUAAUUAAUUAUUCUGGAAUUGUAACGUAAAGUUUUUGCAAUGAGUUAGUGUAGAAAAAAGAGAUUGUUUUGCUAUGGAAGGUAAUUGCGAAAGAAAUGAAAAUAAUGUUGUGUAGAGAAUGGGGUUUUGUUAGAUUACAGUUGGUUGGUAUGUAAAGUUUUAUUCAGGAAUACAUUGUUAUUGUCCUUUUUGUAAAUAUAUCUUACAUAUAAGGCAAGGAAUAAAAUGCUUCGUGCGGUUUUAAACAUGACGGCCUAUUGAAUUGUGGAUUAUUUAAAAUGACAGAAUAAAACUUUACAUACAAAAUAAUCAGUCUUAAAUUGCUGUUCGUGCACUGAUUAAAAAAUUACAAAUGUACGUGUCGUUUAAAGCUGAAAUGUUCUUUUCAAUGUGUAAAUAAAGCAAAAAUUAUUAACCUAAUUAUCAAAUAACAAUAUUACUAAUUAGAAACUUUUAAAUCGAAUCUCCAAAGACUGCCCCGUAAAACUACUAACAAAUUAUUCGUAGUUUUAUGAAAUUCAGAAGCAUUAGAGUAGCCGAACCUUUGCUUUCAUUUCAUUAUCAAGUUAGCUGCCAGUGCUGGCUCUAAGAGGUCGAAUAGUUGCUAUCUUGCUACAUAAUAUUGAACAAAUUGAAAACCUUCUCUUUUUUUGGUAGUAACAGACUACCAAACGAAAAGGACACCAACAAAAUAAUUCCCCUUGUCGUCCGGAUCGCUAGAGCGAGCACUGUCAGCAAUUUCAACCACAAUAUGACAUGAUAAUAUAAAUACAACUAGAUUUUCUCAAAAUAAAUAAUGUGCAUUAUUCAAAUACGUUGUAGUGUUAAGAAUAAAAAGCGCCGUGCAGUGAAACUUGUAUAAGAAUUAUCUUUAUAUUGAAUAAGAAUACUUGGAAAUAAAUACUGAUAUGUAUAAUCGAAUGAUCAUAGUGUAAAUAAGUUGAAUCGAGGAAAAAUAAACAAAUUAUGUACCAAAAAAAUGUUAUCAUGUAGCUUUGUUUGAAUUUUGUAGUCUUAGGUGUUAUUAAGAUUUAAUGUCUUCUAAGCUGACGAGCUGUAUUACAUUAAAAUAAAUCUUUUCAAUUAAAUCGUGGAAUAUCCUGUAAUAACCAGAUGCCUUAAGACUUGUAAUUUUUAUAAUAAUAUAGUGCUAUUUAAAAGACACAAAUAAUAAUAAUGAGUAAUUCAGUGCUAUUUGUAAUAUUCUAUCUCACUUUUAUCGAUAGUUUUUCCCAACAUUAAAGUACCGAAGUCCUAAAUAAAACCCUUUGCUGUCUUCUAACUUCAUCUGGUCUCCAUGUCACAUUUAGAUAAUUAUAGAAUUGUUUCUUUUUUAUCUUUUGAGAAACUUAUUUCUUUCAGUGUUAUACUUUUUAAGCGUGCUUUUUAAUGAUACAAAUAUUUUGUUUUUAAUAUCAUGACAAAGGAUUCGAAUGCAAUUUGUGAGUAACUAAUUGAUAAUUUGUUUGUGAUAUUUGUAGAAUAUUGUGCAAUAAUUUCGUCACCAAAAGCUCUUGCCAAAAUAACUCAAGGUGUGGAAAAUAUCGUUCUAAAUCAGGCAGCUUAUAUGUAUGUAAGUUAAAAUUUCAUUCUAUCAACAAAUAAACCUAUGUAUUCGAAGAGUUUGUUGCCCCGUUUAUCGAGGGAAUAGUUGCAUGUUCGGUUUGGUUUCUAUUAGGAAGAUAAUUGUCGCUGCUAUUUUUAAAUUGUAAAAUAAAGUCAUAAUGCAAACUGCGAUAAGAGUAAUUUUGUUCUGCACAUCACAAAUUACAGCUUCCAAAAAAUGCCAAAGUUGAAUAGACUAUCGCGUUUGACAUUUUGAACUCUAUUUCGUGCGCAAAAGAGUUGAUAAUAAUGUAAUGGUCAUUAGCAUCACAAUCCUAUUGGGCUUCUGAGUAAGCUUCUAGAAUUUUUGAAGGAGAUAAGUUCCCAAAUGUCAAUGAUAUUAUGUUACAAAAAAAAGAGUGCCCAAGUAAAUUGACAUCACAAAACUCGCCCUUAUUACACAAACUGAUGAUUACAAUAUUCUAUGAGUUAAACAGUCUACAUCUUUUUAAAUGUAAUAUUAUUGGCAACAGUAAAACAAAAAUAAUUGUGUGUAUUUAAGUAGUUAAAUAAGUAUAAAUGUAUGUUUCGUUCGCAUGUGUCGGUCAUAACAUGUAAAGUGAUUGUACUAAACGGGUAUACAAACAAAUGUAUUAUGUAUAUAUCUGAUGCACCCUCUCGUGUGUAUGUUAGUAAAAUUCUUUUUUGAAUUUA